GCAGCAGACGUGGAGCGCUCGCGGUGACAGCCGGCCCCGGAUCGCGGCGCAGUGCGACGCGGCGAGUCGUGUGGCGAGGCGAGGCGAGGCGGCGGCGCGCCGCGAGUUCGCCGCGGAGCACCGGCUGGAGCGUCGACGAUGCGAGCAGUUAGUGACGUCGGCAGUGCCUAGUGACGUCAGCAAACUUAGUGACGUCAUCAGCGCAGACAUGGAGUACGAUAAGGGGGACCUGGUGUGGUUCGACCCCGGCGUGGGUUACGUGCUGCCCGGAGAGGUCACGGAGUUCCACCGCGCCGGUCAGGUGGUCACCGUCCAGGCGGUCGUCAACGGAAAGCCGCAGGUGUUCACGCUGACCAACCUGGCGAACCUGAGGAAGCGGCAGGACCUGGGACAGAAUGGCGUCGACGACAUGAUCGCGAUCGGUGACCUCAACGAGGCGUCCAUCUUAUGGAACCUGAAACUACGAUACGACAAGGAGAUGAUAUACACCUACACGGGCAGCAUCCUGGUAUCGGUCAACCCGUACCGCAUGUUCGACAUCUACGGCCUGGACAUGGUGAAGCGUUACGAGGACCAGAUCCUGGGAUCUCUGCCACCGCACAUCUUCGCGAUCGCGUCGUCGGCCUACAGUCGGAUGACGAAGGAGCGCGAACAGCAGACCGUGGUGAUCAGCGGUGAGAGCGGCGCCGGCAAAACUGAAGCCACCAAGCUUAUCAUGCAGUACCUGGCCGCCGUCAACAAGUCGCCUUCCAACCUCAUCACAGAACAGAUCUUGGAGGCGACCCCUCUCCUGGAGAGUUUUGGAAAUGCCAAGACCAUGCGCAACGACAACUCCUCCCGCUUCGGAAAGUACCUGGAAGUUUACUUUAAGGAGGGCAUCAUCACCGGCGCGAGGACGACCGAGUACCUGCUGGAGAAGUCGCGGAUCGUCACGCACGCGCAAGAGGAGCGCAACUACCACGUGUUCUACGAGAUGCUGGCCGGUCUGGGCGAGGAGGACAAGAAGAAAUACGGCCUGCUGUCGGCAGAGCAGUACUUCUACCUGAACCAGGGCGGCAGUGUGGAAAUCGACGGCAAGUACGACAAGGAAGACUUCCAGGCCCUGCUGUCGGCCAUGCAGGUGCUCGGCUUCUCGUCCGACGAGCAGGACAACAUCUUCAAGAUCCUUGCCUCAGUGCUGCACCUGGGCAACAUCUACUUCCACCGGGCGCCGUUGAAGCACGGCCAGGAGGGCGUCGAGAUCGGCUCGGACGCCGAGGUCCGCUGGCUGGGUCACUUGCUCGGCAUCGAGACCGACUGGGUGCGCCGCGCCCUCAUGACAAAGACCACGGAGGCCCGGAACGAGCGGGUGGUUACGCCACUAAACAUCGACCAGGCCCUGGACGCCCGAGACGCCAUCUCCAAGGUGCUCUACAGCAGCCUCUUCAGCUGGCUGGUGCGCAGAAUCAACCAGAUCGUGUACAAGGGUUCAAGGAAGAUGAGCAUCAGCAUCUUGGACAUCUUCGGCUUCGAGGAUUUCAAGGAGAACAGCCUGGAGCAGCUCUGCAUCAACUACGCAAACGAGACCCUGCAGUACCACUUCAGCAAGCACAUCUUCAAGCUGGAGCAGCAGGAGUACCUGAAGGAGAAGAUCGAGUGGCAGAGCAUCGCUUUCCAGGACAACUGGCCUGUCCUGCACCUCAUCAGCAAGAAGCCGGUCGGCAUCUUCCACCUGCUGGACGACGAGUCCAACUUCCCCAAGGCCACGGACGUCUCGCUGCUGGAGAAGCUCCACUACAACCACGCGCUCGACGAGCUCUACAGCCGGCCACGCAUGUCGUCGAUGGAGUUCGGCGUCCACCACUACGCCGGCCAAGUCUGGUACAACGUGGACGGCUUCCUCGACAAGAACCGCGACAUCCUGAGGAACGACGUGCUGGACCUACUAGUCAGCAGCGACGUGCCGAUGAUCUCGGAGAUGUUUGUGGAGCACCGAGCCCACAACGAGGCGGCGAAGGCGGCCAACAAGAGCAAUGGCCGGUUCGUCACGAUGAAGCCGCGGACGCCCACCGUAGCCGCCCGCUUCCACGAAAGCCUCACGCAGUUGCUGGAGUCGAUGACUAAGUGCAACCCGUGGUUCAUCCGCUGCGUCAAGCCGAAUGCGGAGAAGGCGGCGAUGAAGUUCGACAUGCCGGUGGUGCUGGAGCAGCUGCGGUACACCGGCAUGCUGGACACCAUCCGGAUCCGCCAGCUGGGCUACCCGGUGCGGCUGCGCUUCGCCCAGUUCGCCGACCGGUACCGCGGCCUGCUUCCCGAGCGACUGCCGCGGGGCACGCCCGCCAGGGACGUGGCCAGGAUGAUACUGGAGAGCAACCCGGAGUCACGCGAGGAGUACCAGCUGGGCACCACCAAGGUGUUCCUGCGCGAGGGCUUCGAACAGCUUCUGGAGCGCCGGCGACUGCGUGUGCAGGGAGACGCCGCCAUCAAAAUACAGAAGAACGUUCGCCGGUACCUGGCCGAGAAGCGGUACCGGAAUACGCGCCAGUCAGCAGUGAAGGUACAGAGCUACUACCGCAUGUACCGGGACCGCAAGCGGUACCGCACCGUUCGAGCCGGCAUGGUCAAGGCGCAGGCCAACUUCCGCAUGCAGCGGCAGCGAAGGCGCUUCGGCGAGAUGAAGGGCGAGAUGAAGCGACGCGUGGCGGCCGAGCGGGCGGCGCGCGCGCGCGCCAAGACGUCUGCAGACCGGCCAGGCGGCGAGAGGGGCCCGUCACGGGCCGUGGCUGGCGUCAACCACCUGGAAAUCCCGGCCGAGCUCGCCUUCAUCUUCAGCCGGCUCGACGACUGGCACCCUGCCCACUCGGACCGCAACCUGAUGAAGAUCGGCGCCCAGGUUGACCCGCCCGAGGAGCGCUUCAGCCUCCCACACGACAUCGACUACCACGCCUUCACCAAGUUCACCAACAUCUACUUCAAGGCUCAUCUCUGGGGCAUGAAGAGGGAGCCGAUACGCACGCCUUUCCUGGCUAAGUCCAAGGAGGCCGACUACCAGCAGUCGCUGGCCAUCUUCAAGCUGGUGCUGCGCUUCAUGAACGACAACAACCUGAGUGACACGCGCGAGAAGGCGCUGGGGGACUACAUCGUCAACAAGGGUCUGACCAAUGAGAAGCUGCGCGACGAGAUCCUGUGCCAGCUGUGCAACCAGACGUGGAAGAACGACAACGAAGCAAACGCCGAGCGAGGCUGGCUGCUCAUGUCCAACUGCCUGUCCGUGUUCCCGCCCAGCGACACGCUCUACAAGUACCUGCUCAAGUACGUGUCGGACCACGGUCAGAAUGGGUACGCGGCCGACUGCCAGAAGAAGUUGCUCCGGUCACCGCCAGAUGGCAGACUGAGCCGGGUCUACCCGCCCACACUGCUCGAGUGGAGGUGUAACCGUAAGAAGCAGCAGAUGGCGCUGGAGGUCUCGUGCUCGGACGGCCACACCUGCUUCGCCCCGGUCGACUCCUGGACCACCGGCGAGGAGCUGGCCGCCUACGUCCUCGAGAACCGCGGGAUCGGCAGCACGUUCGGCUGGACGGCGCAGAUGACGGACGAGGGUGACCUCUACGAGCUGAGCGGCAACGACUACGUCAUGGACGUCAUCGGCGAAACCGAGCUGCCUCCCGGCUUCCCGGCCGGCCGCGGCGGCUUCAUGGUCAGCGAGCGCACCAGGGGCGGCUCCAGGAAGGUCACCCCGAUGAUGUCGCAAGACUUCAUCGAUGCGCCCAGGAACGGGUCGCCACAGAGGUCGCCAGGAGGUCGUAUCAGCUACCAGCCAUUACGUCAGCAGCUGAGGGAGGAGCAAAGGCGGACCUCAGCGCACAGUGGUCCAUACACCGAUGACGUCAGCAAUGGGCGUAACAAGAGCCGCAGCCUUGACAACCUCCUGGAUGACGGUGAGCGCUCCCGGAGCGCGCAGCACACCCGGCCUGAGCACCUCGGCCUCUCGGCGUCGCGCCUCAACGAGCGCUACCACUCGGCGGACGUCAUCGCGGACCCGGCGGCCGCUGCCGGCUGGAACAAACACGGCCUCAGUGAGAGCGCCCUAAAUGACAGAUACUUCGUCCCGAAGGGAACCAAGAUGGUGCCGUCGCCAGCUGGCCAUGACGUCAUCAGAUCGGAAGAGAAGUUCGAGAAGAAGCUGAAAAAGGACCGUCGCUACUCCGCAGACACCAACAACAGCUACAGGAAACACGAGGCGUACAACAGGACGGACGAGUUCGGUGACCCCGUGGACGGUCCCGACUCCUUCGGUGCGAUGGAGGACGCACACUCCUUUGGCGACGAGGGAGACCCGGCCAUGUCGCCCAGAACUGGCUCCAGAUACGUCAAGUCGCAGAACGCGGGCAAGAGGACCGGUCAGAGCAGCUUCUCGUCACGAGCGUACAUCGAGAGUCGCCACACCUCUGAGAAGGAGUACGGCGUGCGCAGCUCAGCCAUGUCCGACACCAGCGAGGCACCGUCGUUGGCGUCGCACGUGCGCCGCGUGCGCGUGCCGUCUCAGGCCUCUGACAUGGACCAGUUCGUGGAUGCGCUCUUCAUGCCCGUGCUGGAGGGCAACCUCGACGAGCUGUCGGACGCCCGCUCCCUGGCCGCUUCCAUCAAGGGCGGCGGGGGAGGCCGGCAGCCGGAGCAGUCCACUUUGAUGGGAGAAGCGCGCCUGGCGGAUGAUUCCACAACAGCGGCUGGGGAAGGGAGUGUGAGCGAUGCAGAAUCUGAAUUGGAGGAGCUGAGCUCAUCAGUAGAUUUCUUUAGAUGUCGCCAAGACUCGAUCCGGCGUCGCGCGCUGGUGACCCAGCAGCAGCUGGACCUGGAGGACACGUGUGGUCCCGUCAGCCCCACGCUGGAGGCGCUCACCGAUCCCUCCGCCAUGGUCCAGCUCAUCAAAGGUGGGGCGGAGCCCGAAAACGCGACAGCCAAUCAGCAGCAGGGGCAGUUCGUGUUCCAGCCAAUCGCCGGCUCGGGCAUGAUGUCGCCUCCUCCGAUGAUGAUGCCCGGGGGCAUGCCCUACUUCUCGCCUCAGGCGCCCUUCUUUGCCGCGCCCACGUCACCCGAGCCGCUCAACCAAUCAUUCGGCGAUCAGCGUGUGACGUCACCGGAUGGUCGCGAGGGCACCACGUCCCCGGUGCAGGUGCAGUACGUGCCGGUGCCGGUGUACGGGAUGUCAGGCUUCAGUCUACCCAACAUGUCGAUGUAUGGGCCCGCCGGCAUGGGUCAGAACUCUGACGGCUCGGCGGCAACCUCAAAUGCGCCGGAUCAACAACAGAUGGCGUCCUACCAGCGCAUGUUCAUACAGUCUGCUGUCGCUCAGAACAUGCAGAUCCAGCAGCAGCUGUUCAGUCAGAACCAGGCGCUGGCCCAGCUUCUGCAGGCGACCUCUGCUCAGGACUACCAGCCCAGCCCCGGCCAGGCCCCGGGCUCGUCUCCGGCAGCGCGGGAGGGCGGCAGCGGCGAGCCGUCGCCGGCCGGACAGCAGGAGCGCCGUCGGAGCGCCACCUCCCAGGAGAGGCAAAACGGAACGCUGCUGCAGUCCUCAAUCCGCAAUACCAUCGUGCUUCAAUAUCUCGGGUAUUCGCCGGCGCCGCCCAUGGGCAUGACGCCGGAGGAGAUGGCCGCCUUCAUGGACCCGUCCUACACGCGCGCGCGUACGGUGCGCAUCGGCAAGUGGCGCUGGCCGCCGCCCAAGGGCGAAAUGGCCGGCAGUGCCGACUUCAUGCAGUUCAAGCUGCAGGCGCAGCACCGCAAGAUGAGCAGCGGCCAGAAGCCACCUGGCGGCCGUUCGGGUAACGACUCGAGCUUCGAGGGCGUUGAGUGGGACGAGUUCGAGAUGGGCAGCCCCGACGACACGGCGCAGGCCUCGACCUCCGAGGUGCUUAACAAGUCCCGCGAAUCAGCAAAGUCAGUGGACCGGGAGCUGGGCAAGCCGAAGGAGUCGCCGCCGGCCAAGGCCAACCACUCCGCCCCCAACUCCAUCAGCAAGCUGAAGAUCUCUUCCGCUCUGAAGAUGAAGCUGGAAGCGGUCACGUCCAAGCACUCUGAACGAUCAAGCGGCAGCGAAGCAGGCAAGGAUCGGCCGGACGGCAAGGAGCAGAAGGUGGUGAAGAAGCUAGACGCUUCGCGCCGCAUGCUGCUGCAGAAGCAGCUGGGCAGCCAGACGCACCUGGCCGAGCCGUCCUCGGGUGACCUCGCCCAGGGCGCCGGCGGCCUGCGGCUGGACGGAACGUCGGUCUAA